AUGCCCGCAGCAACUGCCUCCGGCGCUGAUGCGAAUCCCAAUGGCUCUGCGCGAUCGCGCGAACACAAGCAGGGAAACCAAGACAAAGAAGUGAAGGAAGAGCAUAGGCGCGAGAUCUUGCGGAUACGGAAAUGCAACCCACUGGCCUUUUACGACAUCUUAAACCUCGAGGCUGUUAAGACGACGUGUACGGACACCGAUAUCAAGAAGGCGUACAGAAAGAUCAGUUUGCUGACACAUCCGGAUAAGAAUGGCCAUGAACAUGCGGACGAGUGCUUUAAGAUGGUUAGUAGGGCUUUUGGGAUCUUAGGGGACAAGGAGAAGAGGGCGAAGUUUGAUAGGCAUGGUGGGGAUCCGGAUAGUAGAUUUGGAGGGGGUGCGCCCCAGCAAAGUCCAUUUUCUGGUUUCUCGAGAGGUACGCCUAGGGGCGGUGGUGGCGGUGGAGGGUCCAUGUGGGAAGAGGAGAUAAGUCCCGAGGAGAUGUUCAGUAGAUUCUUUGGUGGUGGUGGACUUGGAGGAGGAUUCGGUCCAUUUGGUGGUGGAGGAUUCGACAAUGGGCCAGGCUUCGUAUUCAAUAUGGGAGGAGGACCUGGAAUCAGGGUUCAUCAGUUUGGAGGAGCAAGACCGAGAAGAAGACCGAGAGAUCCCAAUGCGCCAGAACCACCACCAGCUUCGCUCCAACAGACGCUUAUGGGUCUUCUGCCGUUACUGUUCAUCCUGGUACUACCACUACUCUCAUCACUUUUCUCUGGAACAACAGCUCCAGGCCCAUCGAUGCGAUUCGACAGCGCUGUUCCACCACAUACCAUGCAUCGUCAUACACGGAAAUGGAAAGUUGACUAUUUCUUAAAUCCCACAGAAGUAGAAGGUUACACACCAUCUCAAUUCUCCAAACUCGACCAGUCAGCAGAAAUCCACUUCGUACAAGAACUGAACUUGCAAUGCCAGCGAGAAGAAGCCGCUCGACAGGACAUGGUAAACCAAGCGCAAGGCUGGUUCUACCAGGAUGGCGAGAUGAUGGCUAGGGCGCGGAAGAUGGAGAUGAAGAGCUGUAGGCGGCUGGAUAGUAUGGGAGUGUCGAGGAGUUAUUAA